CUUUUGGGUAAUCCGAUGAUCUCCUCAACUUUCUCCCGACUCUUUCCGGCCGAAGACUUCGGUGGCAGACCCCGGUCCGAAGCCUGUUUGAUGAGAUGACAUCGUGCGUGCUUGUGUGCCUAAUUGACUAGCAACAGUAGCCAUUCCCCACUAGCCUUUGGUGGUCAACCCACUUCCAGUUAUACUAAUCUGUUUCAAAAACCGACCUGUUCUAUCGACGCCGUGUGAUGAGCAUUGAGGAUUGGAGAAGCAAAGACCCAACGUGGUCAGGGCUUACUUUAUCAAUCGGACAACACAUGCAUGAUUCAGUCGUGUGCAUCAAGCGACGUCAAUGAACAGUUGGUCGCCCCGAAGAUCAGGAUACUACUGUCUUCUGAGUUCUGUCCCGGUUAAUGGCUGAAGUGCAGAGCGAAACCUGUCUUGUUUCAAAGCUUUCUUGCAAUGAUAGAACUGCUCUUUCCCUUUUUAAAUCGUCUCUUCUUUUUUUUCUCGACAGUGAUGAGGUUGCCAUUAUCAUGAUCUGCGAUUAGGUCAAUACAUGGUUUCUUUAAUCCCGCCUUCUUCUUUAGAUAAUGUCAGGAGGUGAGGAGUUGGUAUUGGAGCGAGGGCAAGAAACUUCUGCUCUGUAAUAAAGAAAAGAUGAAGAAGAAGCCAACGACCCAAUUCUCAGACAAAAACAGAAUUGGUUGGCCAAAGAAAGGGAAGGCAAAAAAGAUGAGAUUUUUGAAGCGAUUUUUGUUUUCCGGCCAUUGGUGGUAAAAGAUCGGAUGCAUAGUGUUUGUGCCCAAAAUGCAAAAUGGAUGUUGACCUUCCCGUUUCUGUCUGUCUGGAGAAGGCCUUUGACUUUGCAACCUGUGUCCAUCGAAGUCGGCAAUACCAUAAAACUCCGCAUGAUCAGCUCACCACGCGACAUCUGAUAAUGACUUCAUUCCCCUGCAACCUGAACCCAAAUUCGACCGCCUCCCACCCAAAACGAAUGCCUCAAAGUCAGAGGAGAAGAAACUUUGAACAAAGAACAAAUAAUUGGCUAAAACACUCAUGAGCCGAAGGACAAAAAGCUCGCAAGAAAAGAAACUUUCCUCCAUUCUUGUGCUGAUAAGCUUCUUGCUUCUCAAUCUCCCCCACCGCAGACGGCGGUUUCGUUUCUGCUGCCGCCGCCGCCGCCGCCGCUGCCAGUUUCAGAAUCGAGAAUCCCUCGGAUUCUCUGAUCCCCACCCAAAAGACUGAAACUUUUCUCUUGCAAUUCCCGGCGACGACGAAUCUUGAUCCCGCCCACUCAUAAUCUCCAUCUCUCUCCUCAUGUGCAGAUCAAGAAAGUCCACAGACUCGAUCCAACCCAACCCGAAGAGCCCAAGAAGAUUAUCGAAAUCCUCAAGAGCACCCUCUUCCUCCUCCAAAACCUCCUCGAUUGACCCACCGUCGUCGGCCACCUUCUUCACCGUCACCUCCACCACCACCAGCUGCUCCUUCGUCAACAACCGCCACCACCCCACCUCCCCGUCCGACUCGUCCUCCCUCUCCACCACCCCGUCCUACUCCCUCCCCGCCCACCUCAAGCACCACCUCCGCGACACCCCCCACAUAUACCCCCUCUCCGACAUCUCUUCCGCCACCGGCAACUUCCUCCUCCGCCGCCUCUCCCCCUCCUCCUCCGCCUGGCGCUGCUCCCUCCGCGGCCGCGACGUCGCCGUCUUCCGCCGCAGGCUCCGCCGCCCCGCCGGGCUCCCCCGCCUCCGCCAGCUCCUCGCCUCGAUCUGCAGGAGCCACCACAGCAGCGUCGCGAAGCUGCUCGGCGCGUCCCUCUCGGAGGGCGACGUCUACCUGGUCUACGAGUUCGUGGAGGGCGCGAACCUCAGCGACUGCCUCAGGAACCGGGUCAACCCGGACUACUCGCCGAUCGCGAGCUGGGCCUCGAGAAUGCAGGUCGCGACGGACGUGGCUCACGGGUUGGAGUACAUCCACCACUGCACGGGGAUGAACGGGUCGGGUUUCGUCCAUAACCGGAUCAAGAGCUCCAGCAUCGUCGUCACCGAAGAUUCCUUGAACGCCAAGAUCUGUCACUUCGGUACGGCGGAGCUGUGCGGCGAAGUGGCGGAGGAGGACGAGCCUCUGUCGUCCCCAAACACACCCAAGCUGAUGAGAACCAACAGCAACGCUAUGAAGUUCGAGGGUACGAGAGGCUACAUGUCGCCGGAGUUCCGUUCCAAGGGAACCCCGACCCGGAAGUCCGACGUCUAUGCGUUCGGGGUCGUCGUACUUGAGCUGUUGUCCGGGGAGGAGCCGCUGAAGUACUCCUUCGACAGAGAGAGCGGCGACUUCAGGAGGACGAGCGUGAUAGAAGGGGCGAGGGAGGCGGCGAGAGGGAGCGUGAGGAGGUGGGUGGACAAGAGGUUGAAGGACUCGUACCCGGUGGAGGUCGCGGAGAAGAUGGUGCAGCUGGGAUUGGCGUGCGUCGACGACGACCCAGAGAGGCGGCCCGACAUGGGUCGGGUCGCGGGUAGGGUCUCGAAGCUCUAUCUGGAGUCCAAGACGUGGGGGGAGAGGUUUGCUUUGCCCCAGGAUUUUUCGGUGUCCAUGGCGCCGAGGUGACGGGGACGCUGCUUGCUGCUUUAUUUUUGGUCAUUCUUGACGAUAGAUUCUCGAACAUUCUUUAGUUUGGGGUUUGUGAAUAU